GGUGAAGGGGCGGGGAACGACGCCGGCGCCGGGGCGGCCGGGAACGGAGGGCGGCCGUCAAGAACCGGACCGCGGUCCCCGGCGGCGCGCACGCGCUCCCCGCCGCCACCAUCACCGCCGCCUCCGCCACGGGCGCCGCCGCCGCCGCCACCGCCGUCCCGGAGCCGCCUCCGUCCCAGGUGCCUACCGAUGAUGUCCGUGCUCCGUGGCGUCCAGCGUCUGCCAGGCUGAUCCAUGGUCACUUUCCGGGAUGGCAGCAAGGUGACUUCCGCUGAGGAUGACCCUGACUGAACGGCUGCGGGAGAAGAUAUCGCAGGCCUUCUAUAACCAUGGGCUGUUCUGCGCAUCCUACCCCAUCCCCAUCAUCCUGUUCACGGGAGUCUGCAUCUUAGCCUGCUGCUACCCGCUGCUGAAGCUGCCCCUGCCGGGAACGGGCCCCGUGGAAUUCUCCACUCCGGUGAAGGACUACUCACCCCCGCCCUCGGACUCUGACCGCAAACAAGGCGAGCUCGGCGAGCAGCCGGAGUGGUAUGUGGGUGCCCCCGUGGCAUACAUCCAGCAGAUAUUUGUGAAGUCUUCCGUGUCUCCCUGGCACAAGAACCUCCUGGCGGUGGACGUGUUCCGCUCCCCCCUGUCCCGCGCCUUCCAGCUGGUGGAGGAGAUCCGGAACCACGUGCUGAGAGACAGCUCCGGGACGCGCAGUCUGGAGGAGGUGUGCCUACAGGUGACCGACUUGCUCCCGGGCCUCCGCAAGCUCCGCAGCCUCCUCCCCGAGCACGGCUGCCUGCUCCUGUCCCCCGGAAACUUCUGGCAGAAUGACCGGGAGCGUUUCUACGCCGACCCCGACAUCAUCGGGACCAUCCACCAGCACGAGCCCAAAACCCUGCAGACGUCAGCCACGCUCAAAGACUUGCUGUUUGGCGUGCCCGGAAAGUACAGCGGGGUGAGCCUGUACACAAGGAGGAGGAUGGUCUCCUACACCAUCACCCUGGUCUUCCAGCAUUACCAUGCCAGCUUCCUGGGAAGCCUGCGUGCCCGGCUCAUGCUCCUGCACCCCAGCCCCAACUGCAGCCUUCGCGCCGAGAGCCUGGUGCACGUGCACUUCAAGGAGGAGAUCGGCGUGGCCGAGCUCAUCCCCCUGGUGACCACCUACAUCAUCCUGUUCGCCUACAUCUACUUCUCCACACGCAAGAUCGACAUGGUCAAGUCCAAGUGGGGGCUGGCCCUGGCGGCCGUGGUCACCGUGCUCAGCUCGCUGCUCAUGUCCGUGGGGCUCUGCACGCUCUUCGGCCUGACACCCACCCUCAAUGGCGGGGAGAUCUUCCCGUACCUGGUGGUGGUGAUCGGGCUGGAGAACGUGCUGGUGCUCACCAAGUCGGUGGUGUCCACCCCGGUGGACCUGGAGGUGAAGCUGCGGAUCGCCCAAGGCCUCAGCAGCGAGAGCUGGUCCAUCAUGAAGAACAUGGCCACCGAGCUGGGCAUCAUCCUCGUGGGCUACUUCACCCUCGUGCCCGCCAUCCAGGAGUUCUGUCUGUUCGCCGUGGUGGGCCUGGUGUCGGACUUCUUCCUGCAGAUGCUGUUCUUCACCACCGUGCUGUCCAUCGACAUCCGCCGCAUGGAGCUGGCCGACCUGAACCGGCGGCUGCCCGCCGAGGCCUGCCUGCCCGCCGGCAAGCCCGUGGGGAGGCCCGCGCGCCACGCGGCCGCGCGCCCGGCCACGCCGCACACCAUCACGCUGCAGCCGUCCUCCUUCCGCAACCUGCGGCUGCCCAAGCGCCUGCGCGUCGUCUACUUCCUGGCCCGCACCCGCCUGGCGCAGCGCCUCAUCAUGGCCGGCACGGUGGUGUGGAUCAGCAUCCUGCUCUACACGGACCCCGCCGGGCUGCGCACCUACCUGGCGGCGCAGGUGACGGAGCAGAGCCCGCUGGGCGACGGCGCCCUGCCGCCCCUGCCGGUGCCCGCGCGCCACGCCGACCCCGCCUUCCCCAUCUUCCCGCGCGACGCCCCGCCGCUGCCCGAGAACCAGAGCCUCCCCGGGGGACCCCCCGAGCCCGCGGGCCCGGCGGAGGGCGCCGGCGACGGCCCGGCCCCCGAGGUCACCUGGGGCCCCGAGGACGAGGAGCUGUGGAGGAAGCUGUCCUUCCGCCACUGGCCCACGCUCUUCAGCUACUACAACAUCACGCUGGCCAAGCGGUACGUCAGCCUGCUGCCCGUCAUCCCGGUCACGCUGCGCCUGAACCCCAGGGAGGCGCUGGAGGGGCGGCGCCCGCAGGACAGCCGCAGCUCGUGGGCGCCCGGGCCGGGGCCCGCGGGGCUCUGGGAGGCCGAGUCCCUGCGGCCCGGGGGGACCCAGGCCCACGGCGACGUCACGCUGUACAAGGUGGCGGCGCUGGGCCUGGCGGCCGGCAUCGUCCUCGUGCUGCUGAUGCUCUGCCUCUACCGCGUGCUCUGCCCGCGCAACUACGGGCAGCCGGGCGGCGGGCCGGCGCGGCGGCGGCGCGGGGAGCUGCCCUGCGACGACUACGGGUACGCGCCGCCCGAGACGGAGAUCGUGCCGCUGGUGCUGCGCGGGCACCUCAUGGACAUCGAGUGCCUGGCCAGCGACGGCAUGCUGCUGGUGAGCUGCUGCCUGGCGGGCCACGUCUGCGUGUGGGACGCCCAGACCGGGGACUGCCUGACGCGCCUCCCGCGCCGGGGGCGGCGCCGCGACAGCCUGGGCAGCACUCCCGAGGCGCAGGAGAGCUGGGAGCGGCUGUCGGAGGGCGACAAGGCCGGCCUGGAGGAGCUGGGGGACAGCCCCCCGCUGCGCCGCCGGCCGCAGGGCCCCCCACUGCCCGCGCGCUUCCAGGACCAGCCCGACCUCAGCUGCCUCAUCGACACCAACUUCGCGGCCCGGCCGCGCGCCCCUGAGCUCGCCCAGCCCGAGCCCCGGCACCGUCUGAGCUGCGGCCGCGCCCGGGACCCGCCGGGCUACGACUUCGGCCGCCUGGUGCAGCGCGCGUUCCCGGAGGAGGGCCGGGCGGCGGGGCCGGUGCCCGUGCUGCGCCCGCCCUCGCCCUCGCCCGGGCCCGCGCUGGCCCCGGCCCCCGAGGAGGACGUGGCCGAGAAGGGCUCCCCGCCCCUCUCCUGGGCCCCGAGCGCCGACGGCUCCAUCUGGAGCCUGGAGCUGCAGGGCGGCCUCAUCGUGGUCGGGCGGAGCAGCGGGCGGCUGGAGGUGUGGGACGCCAUCGAGGGCGCGCUGUGCUGCAGCAGCGAGGAGGCGGCCUCGGGCAUCACCGCCCUGGUCUUCCUGGACAAGCGGAUCGUGGCGGCUCGGCUCAACGGCUCCCUGGAUUUCUUCUCCCUGGAGACGCGCGCCGCCCUCAGCCCCCUACAGUUCAGAGGGACCCCCGGGCGCGGCAGCUGCCCCGCCUCCCCCGCGUCUGGCGGCGGUGGCGACGCGGUGCUCUGCCGCCUGACGCACACGGUGCCCUGCGCGCACCAGAAGCCCAUCACCGCCCUGCGCGCCGCGGCCGGGCGCCUGGUGACCGGCAGCCAGGACCACACGUUGCGGGUGUUCCGGCUCGAGGACUCGUGCUGCCUCUUCACGCUGCAGGGCCACUCCGGGGCCAUCACCGCCGUGUACAUCGACCAGACCAUGGCGCUGGCCAGCGGAGGGCAGGACGGGGCCAUCUGCCUGUGGGACGUGCUGACCGGAAGCCGCGUCAGCCAUGUGUUUGCGCACCGCGGAGACGUCACCUCCCUCACCUGCACCGCCUGCUGCGUCAUCAGCAGCGGCCUGGAUGACCUCAUCAGCAUCUGGGACCGCAGCACGGGCAUCAAGCUCUACUCCAUUCAGCAGGACCUGGGUUGCGGGGCGAGCCUGGGCGUCAUCGCCGACAGCCUGCUGGUGACGGGCGGCCAGGGCUGCGUGUCCUUCUGGGACCUGAACUACGGGGACCUGCUGCAGACCGUCUACCUGGGCAAGAGCAGCGAGGCGCAGCCCGCGCGCCAGAUCCUCGUGCUGGACAACGCCGCCAUCGUCUGCAACUUCGGCAGCGAGCUCAGCCUGGUGUACGUGCCCUCGGUGCUGGAGAAGCUGGACUGAGGGGGCGCGGGGCCGCGCCAUCCCGAGCGAGACA